ACAUAGGCACAAAUCAAGAUUCAAGUCAGAGGAGAUUUUAUUGAAACUAAACAUCAAGUGGACCUACAGAGAUGAAAAUUGAUAUUCAUAGUCACAUUCUGCCUAAGAAAUGGCCUGAUCUAAAACAGAGAUAUGGCUAUGGAGGAUGGAUCCAACUGGAGCAACAUUGUGAAGGAGAGGCUAAAAUGACAAAAGAUGGAAAGGUUUUCAGAGUUAUUCAAGAGAAUUGCUGGGAUCCAGAGGUUCGGAUUAAACAGAUGAACCAAUCAGGAGUCACUGUCCAGGCUCUAUCUACAGUUCCUGCCAUGUUUAGCUAUUGGGCCAAACCACAAGAUACUCUAGAUCUCUGCCAAUUAUUAAAUAAUGAUUUAGCUGCUACUGUAAGGAAGUACCCAAAGAGAUUCAUUGGCCUAGGCACGCUCCCCAUGCAAGCUCCAGACCUGGCUGUGAACGAAAUGCAUCGGUGUGUGAAGGAGCUUGGAUUCCCUGGCGUGCAGAUAGGAUCUCAUAUCAACAACUGGGACUUGAAUGUCCCUGAACUCUUUCCAGUCUAUGCUGCUGCUGAACAAUUAAAUUGCUGCAUCUUUGUGCAUCCCUGGGACAUGCAGAUGGAUGGAAGGAUGUCUAAAUACUGGCUUCCCUGGCUUGUAGGCAUGCCCUCGGAAACAACCAUUGCUAUUUGCUCUAUGAUAAUGGGAGGGAUUUUUGAAAUGUUUCCCAAACUAAGAGUUUGCUUUGCCCACGGUGGUGGUUCUUUUCCUUUCACAUUUGGGCGCAUUUCCCAUGGAUUCAAAGUGCGACCUGACUUGUGUGCAUUGGAUAAUAAAGCUGAUCCAAAGACAUACCUUGGUUCAUUUUAUACUGAUUCACUUGUCCAUGAUCCACAUGCCCUGAAGUUGCUGAUAGACGUAAUAGGAAAGGACAAGGUGAUGCUGGGAACAGAUUAUCCUUUUCCAUUAGGGGAACAUGAACCUGGAAAACUGAUUGACUCCAUAAAGGAGUUUGAUGAGGAUCUAAAGGACAAGCUAAAGUUUGACAAUGCUCUCGCAUUUUUGGAUCUUGACCGAAAGCACUUUGAAAUGCAUUAAAAUUAUUACAAACAUGCAUUAAUAACAUUAGGUUUUUAUGUACAGCCACAAAUGUGUACCCUUCUUUGCAUUUUGACUGACUGCAUGUAUGUCCAUGAUUCCUUGCUAUUUAGAGAAUGGAAUAUUUCACUUAUUCCAUUUACAAAGAAGAGCCAGAGAUUUGUGAACUGUGUAUGUUGAAACUGAAUGCUUCACUUUCAAAACAUAGGUCAGUUCUUUCCUUAGAAGGAAAUGGGUAGACGCUUCAUGAGUGCCCAUGUACACAAGAUCCAGAUGAAGGCAGCUGAAUGUAUUUUUCCCAGUCUAGCAUCGUAUGCCCAGUCUAACAUGGCAAGGAUGAUGUGAUCCUUCUUCUCACACAGGUGCUCAGCAGUUUCUCACUAAGCAUUCACAGUCUAAUUGUCACUUAAAGUACAUGGGAGGGAGAACAGUAUGGCAUGGAUCAUAGCUUGACAGUCCCAACUAGGGUUGCUAGGUCCAGAUUGGGAAAUUUCUAGAAAUUUGGGGGGGGGAGCCUAGGGUUGCCAGUCCCCCGCUGGGGGCGGGGGACCUCCUGCUCCCACCCUCCACCCCCCUGCCCCUGCUUACCUGGCUGGCGAGAGAAACAUUGGCCUCACUAGCAUGCUCCCAGGUGGUGCAGCACACUCCCGGGUGGCACAGCACACUUCUGGGUGGCACAGCACGUUCCCGGGUGCCACCGCAUAAUCCCGUGUGCCAAAAUGAGCCCAAAAUGGCCUGGAUUGGGCCUGAAUAGGCCUGGAUUGGGCCACUGCCACACAGGGGACUACUCCCCUGAACAGCAGCAGCCUGUUCUAGGCCGGUUUGGGCCCGAUCCUGGCCGUUCCAGGACCAUUUAGGCCCAAUUCUGCCAGUAUCAGGCCACUGGUGGGUGGGGGAGUGCUCCCCCACACAGCAGUGGCCCAUUCCAUUCUGACUCGAGCCUGAUCCUGGUAAUUUGGGACCUGUUUCGGGCCAAUUCGGGCCCAAAACAGCCAGGAUCAGGCCACUGCUGGGAAGGGGAGUGCUCCCCUGCACAGCAGCAGCCCAUUCCAGGCCAAUUUAGGCCUGAUCCUGGCCAAUUCAAGACCGAAAUGGCCAGGAUCGGGUCCCCUGAAGAGCACGGGAGUGGUCGUGGGGGUGGCCAUGGCCUGCGUGAUGAUGUCACUUCCCAGAACCACCAACCCACCAAGAAGGUAGGUGCUGGGGCCCCCACAGGGGGACCUGGCAAAUCUAGUGGAUCCUGGAGACAUCAGGGAUUGGGAAGGGGAGGUGACUCAGCAGGGUAUAAUGUUAUGGAGACCAUCUUCCAUGGCAGCCAUUUCUCCAGGGUUACUGAUUCCUGUUGAAGGGCAGUUUGUGGAUAUGACUUAUCAUAAAACUUCUUGCGGUAAGUCCUAGACACUGCCUGGCCUCAGGCAGAGAAGGUGCCAGCCACCCUGGACACUAAUAAGUUACCAGCUAUGAGUCGUAGGGGAAAUGACUGACUGAUGGCCUUCACAUUCCAGAGAGUGGCAGAAAUAAUGAGACUUCCUGAGAGACACCUCCUCGCCUAAUCUCAUCAACACCGUCCUCCACCUUUCCUCUACCACUUACCUAAUCAGACUAGCCAAUGCAUCUGAUAGCCUUCCUGUCUGAUACUUACCAGGUCAUCAAUCAAUACUUUUACCUAUAGACCAUCCUAGACAGUCAAAUCAGAUCUUUCCAAAGUUAUUGUCCUACUUCCGGGCAAACCAUUAAGGCAUUGUUUUCGGAGCAAGACAUCAGCAUUGCUCCAGGGUACGUUUUGCCCUAUUACUGUGCUCAGAGAGAGUAAGAGUGAGAGAGAGUGUGUGUGUGUGUCGUGGUACCUGCUCAUGCACCCCCACUCUGUUUGGGUUUCUUCUCUCCAUGAAACACUGGUCAUUUUGCUGCUCCUCUGCAGACCUCUUUAGGACUGGUAAUUAUUGCCCUUCCCCAAAACUGCUUUCCCAUUUCCUCACUAUUUUCUUAGUUAGCUCUGUGUGUAUGCUGUGUGUGUUUUUUGUUUGUUUGCCUUUUUAUUCC